CCCCCUUUUUGACUAACAAAAUUAGAAUAAUACUAUAUGUAAUAAUCUUCAGGUUAUAGCUUUUGGGGCUUAAUUCUAAAUGUUAUAGCCUUCUGACUGAAGUAACUCACUGUAACACAUUGAACUGUUGUACUGUAAGCCAGGCAUUACUCUUAACACCAUUGGAGCUCAAAGUGAAGAAACAGGCUUUAUUCUUAAGAGAAUAAACCUGGUAGUGUGUUUUUUUAUGUGGCUAUAUAAGACAUAAUUAACCCUUCAGUGUUAUUAUCCACACAUCUGCAGCUGGAGGCCUGCUGAGCUGCUGUGUUAUCUGAUUUAUCAUCUUUUCUUUUUUAGUCUGUAAAAGUAAGAACAGACAGAGAGAGGAAGAGACAUCACUGCCUCUUCCUCCUCCCCCCCAAAAAAACCCUCCAUCCUUAGUGUUUUUCUCUCUUGUUUUGGUCCUCACCCAAACGCAACCAUAAGGUUCCUACCGCAUCCUCCUCAUCCUCCUUCCCUCUCCUUCAGCUCCAGUGUAUCCCGGUUUUUCGGUUUGGUUUGGUCCCGCAAAUUUUCAAAUAUUUACUUCCUGUACAUCAAGAGGAAAGGGGGUCCCCCUUUCAUGGAAUGCGGAAACAUGGGUCUGUUCGACCGCGGAGUCCAGAUGCUGCUGACCACGGUGGGAGCCUUCGCGGCCUUCAGCCUCAUGACCAUCGCGGUCGGCACGGACUACUGGCUGUACUCCCGCGGCGUCUGCAGGAGCAAGUCCAUGAACGAGAACGAGACCAGCAAGAAGAACGAGGAGGUGAUGACCCACUCGGGCCUGUGGAGGACGUGCUGCUUGGAAGGAAACCUCAAAGGGAUGUGUAAACAGAUAGACCACUUUCCUGAGGAAACGGAUUACGAAGCGGACCCAUCUGAGUACUUCUUACGUGCGGUGCGAGCCUCCAGCAUCUUCCCCAUCCUCAGUGUCAUCCUGCUCUUCAUGGGAGGCCUGUGUAUAGCUGCCAGUGAGUUCUACAAGUCACGCCACAACAUCAUCCUCAGCGCAGGGAUCUUCUUUGUGUCUGCAGGCCUGAGCAACAUCAUCGGGAUCAUCGUGUACAUAUCAGCCAACGCGGGGGACCCUUCAAAAAGCGACUCCAAGAAGAACAGCUACUCUUACGGCUGGUCCUUCUACUUCGGCGCCCUCUCCUUCAUCAUGGCUGAGAUGGUGGGUGUCUUGGCCGUGCACAUGUUCAUCGACCGCCAUCGGCAGCUCCGAAUAGGGGCGCGCGCAGCCGACUACCUCCAAGGCUCGGCCAUAACGCGGAUCCCCAGCUACCGCUACCGCUACAGACGUCGCUCGCGCUCCUCCUCCCGCUCCACAGACCCGUCACACUCCCGCGACACCUCGCCGGUGGGCCUCAAGGGCUUCAGCGCGCUGCCAUCUACAGAGAUCUCCAUGUACACGCUGCCCCGGGACACCCUCAAGUCCUCCGGCACGCCCACCGCCACCUACAACUCUGAGAGGGACCACAACUUCCUGCAAGUCCACAACUGCAUCCAGAAGGACCUGAAAGACUCGAGCCAGACCAACACAGCGAACCGCCGCACCACGCCGGUAUGAGGGAGUCGACACAGGCCAGGGCGGCCCGGCGGAGAGCAGGAGACACGGGAACCCCUGUGGGUGCAGUACGCCCCAGGAGAAGAUGGAUUUCCAUGUUUAUAGACAUUUGUUCUUUUUGUUCAGCUGCAUGACUUUUCCAUUUCCAUUGUUGAGAGUUUCAACAAGUCUGCUGUGUUCCUGGAUUGAACAGCAGAACAGCGAGAAUGGGUCAGGGUGUCCCGAGAGGGGGUCAUUUUUUUGCGCAGGGUUUGUUUAUGAGGUUCGGGGCCCUGAAAGAGAGGGUGGGAGUGGGGGGGUGGGCAUUUAUGAGAUAAAGAUUUCAUGAUUUCAUAGCCCUUUGGUUUGACAGUUUUGCCCCACAUGUUUGGUUGGAGCAACAGGUCAAGCUCCCCCUCAGCAAGCCCACCGCUCAGAUACACACCUCUUUUAUUUAUUGACUCAUUAUUUGCAUUAAAACUGUGAAUUGUUACAGUUUGGGAUUCAGUAAGAAUUAGCCCAAUCUGUAAUCUCUAACAAAGGUACUAUAUAUAUAUAUGUAUUACUUUUAUAAAUAAAUUAUUACGUUAAUAAUCAAGAGUUACAGACUUUACCGAAGCAAAAAAGAACAAAAAACAAGUUAACUAAACCAAGCGCUGUUGGUAGGAUGAGAAAAGACUCUGUUGGUUUGAAGGUCGAGAACCAGAGAAGGUGCUUUAGAUGCCACCAGAGGCAGACGCAGACAGUCAACAGUAGAAUAAUAUCUAUUCUUUUAAUAGAACCUUCUCGUCUUUUUCUCAGUCCCUGUUCGCUUUCUUUUUUUUGGGAGGGGUCGUAACGGAGAGUUGAACCCCUUAACAGAAAGAGCCAACAAAAGGGGUCAAAGUUCACAAAGACUCCAAACACGACUUCUACAAAAUAAAAAGGAAGGAGCAGAGGGGAAGGAAAAGAAGAGGACGCCAAACACAAAAAUAAAAACAAGUUAAAUAAUGAAAUAGUACAAGAGAAGCUAAGUGACUCACAAUUUCAGAAAUUAAAUGCAUGCUAUAAAAUUACAGCAAAUCUGCUCUUGAGAAACUUAAGUUUUAAAGGUUAAUAAUUAUAAGGGGAAAAAAAGCAAAGACGCUAAAGUAUUAAUGUUUUCAUGUGUACUUUUCUUAUGUUUUCUUUUUUUAUUUAUUUCGUUAAUUUGAUCUUAUUGCUUUUGUGAGACAAACCAAACAAUCUACAUUGAACAAAACUGCUUUUUUAAAUGGUUUGGUUGAUUUCUUUAUAAAUAUAUAAAUAUAUGUAUGUAUGUGUUUUAUUUUUAAAACUCACACAGCCUUAGUCAUUUCUUUAUUUCUUUUGAUUUUUAAUGUGUUGUUCAAAUUGAAAAUGAAAUCUUUAAAGGUGCCAAAACCGAAUGAUCCUAUACUUGGAUGCAUCAAGUCCUGAUGAAUAAAAUACGAACCCUAGGGGGAACAAAUCA